CAAUACGUUUAUUAUUCGUUUCCGGUUUAUAUCGUAGCUUAACGACGUUCGUCAUUUUUCGUUAUACAUCCCUCUGUAUACGAUAAGUACAUAGAUUUCACAGAAAUGGCGACCGCCGUCCCAUCGAGGUUCGCAGUUCUUAGCAUCGACGAUGAUGAUUGUAAGCCGAAGAAAACUCAGAAGAGCGCUACUGCCAGCAAGACGAACCAAAAAUCUAAGAAUGACAAAUCUAAACAGCAGCAGCAGCCGAAAAAGGAUGAUAAGAAAAAACAGAAUAAGAACAAAAAGAAAAAGAGUAUUAACAGUAAUAAUGAGAAUCAACAAUGGGAACAGUGGAAGCAAAAAGAUACAAUGGCUGUCGAGGAAACGUUUGAGCAAGAAUUGCAUCAAGCCAUCUUGCUGUCAAAAUUGGCUUAUGAAGAGCAGCUAGUAAGCGCAGCAAAGUCAGAAAAAGAACCCGAGUUGAAUAAGAAAUCAGGGAAAAAAUCGAAAAAGGCUACUAUGACACUGGAAGAGUUCAACAACAUGGGAUCAAGUACUACCACUACUGCUACUACCACUAUUGCUACCAGUACUGCUGUUGCCACUGUUCAGAAUUCAGUAUCAACUCCUGAACAUAACGAUACCAAGCCAAAGGAAGUAGAUGCGGAGUUUUUUGAAAGAAUUGAAAAGGAAACAAAGGAAGAAAUUGCGAAGGGAAAAGAAAAGGAUAUGUUGAAGGCAAGGUUGAGUAAAAUUGAUGAUGAUAUUACAUCUGCUCAAUUAAGAGUAGAAGUGGAGAAACGUGACGAAAUCAUUAACCAGUUAAGGAAUCAAGUUGAUAGUUUGAAAGAAGAAUUAACUCAAGUUAAGGAGAGGAACAAAAAGCUCUAUCAAAUAUUAUCUCACGGCGAAAUGAGAGAUAAAGCGUCGGUAUUAGCCGAAGUGGCGAAGUUACAAGAAAUAAGAGAUGAACUGACUUCCGAAGUGACGUCUCUGCAUGCACAGUUGGAACAAGAAAGGUCCAAACCUCGUACUUCUACUACGGAUGUUAAACCAUCUAAACAAACUAAUAAGAAGAGGCCCGUUAGUGAAAAUGCCUAAACUACGGACUAUUUCUGUUAAAUAAAAGAUACUACACCAAUGUGAUCUACAAAGCUUAAGUUACUGCUAAUGACUAAUCAGUAAACAGUCUUAAGACUGAUGCGCAAUCGUUAAAACUUGAGAUCUCUCGAAAUGUAUCAGAUAUUUGAUUUUUAAACACAAUACAAGUUUUUAAGUGAAUAUUUUUUAAACAUAUUAAUGUUAACGGAGACACGGCCAUGUUCAUAUUUUUCUAAACUAUACGUUUUCAUUUAUUAUUCCAGUCUCGUUUAUCGAUAAUAAAACACGUGAAUAUUUUUUGUUUGCAUUCAGAGUUUUCGUAUAUAGUAAUAAUUGAGCUUGAUUAUUAGAAUCAAGUUGAACCGGCAUACUAUUUGCAAAACUUCUUCCAGUAUCAAAACUCAAUGAUGUAAGCAGUAUUGUUACCUUCCAAAUUUUCUGUAAACGUAUACCGGUAAACACGUCAGUAAGUGCAUAUUGUCUGGAGUAUUUUGUAAUAAAACAAUUCUACAGCAUUUUUGUGGACAUUAAUAAUUUCCUUAAUAACUUGUCGAUUUAAUGGACGUCAGAAUACUUUCGAACGUCUGUUACCACUUUUAAGUUUGAAACAAAUUAUAUUUCGUUCAACGCAAUAAUCUGUAGACGCGAACACUAUCGAGACUGAAAUUAGAGUUGUGAGAAAAAUUCCAGGUCCUAAUUAUAAAUCGCAUUUCUAAACCGUCAUACAUGUAUGAAAAAGUACUAUGAAAUAAAUAUAUUUUUUUCAUGAAA